CUUUCACAGGGGAAGUUUAACAUCAGCGUCGCGCUGCCGCAUGGAAACGGCGUCUUGUUGCUGAGGUUGCCCUGCAGACACCAUGUCCUCCAAAAAGAAAGCCAAGUGCAAACCGGUGCGGAGUCAGGGCGCCUCCUCCCCGAGGGUUGGGGCUGACUGGCGGGGAUCGCCAGCGAACUCCCCCGGUGCCCUGAGUCCCGGGGCUGACUGGCGGGGAUCGCCAGCGAACUCCCCCGGUGCCCUGAGUCCCGGGGCUGAGCUGGACAGUGCAGAGACCAAGCCCCAGCCUUGCCUUUCACUGGCAGUCACUGACACCUUAGACAAAGCUGAUGAGAAGGUACCUAAGGCUUGCCGAAGAUGUCUCGCUCAAAUUGGUCUCAACAACAUAAAACUGGCAAAUAUCUGCAUUGGCCGACCAAUCCUCCUUACCAGUGCUGCUGGCAGCCAGGAGGUAUGCACAGCAUGGCCUGUACCAAGUUUCCCAGCGGGUAAAAUCGGGUUGAAUAGAAUCGCACAGAAGAAUCUAAAGGUUAAAGUGAAUGAUGUUGUUACUGCCCAGCCACUGCUUGGUCCGGUACUGCAGGCAGAGGAAGUACAAGUAGCUUUGAGAGAUGAAGAUGAAUCUUUCAACAGAGAAGAAUUAUCUGACUUCUUGGUGAGGAAUAUGGAUGGGAAGAUAGUAUUACCGGGCAACUUACUGAAUAUUACGUUUUACGGUCGGACUUUUCACUUGAUGGUGAUGAAGAUAAAAGGAGUGGAUGGUAAUGUUAUGGAAACAUCGUUCAACGUCACAUCUAGUGUGAAUGAGGAAUCCUUGCUUGAUAAAUCAGUACAGGAGAACGAAGCAAUAGACUUGUCAACUAAUUUCAGCAAUUUGGCCAUAGAAGUUACUCGGGACGGAGAUGGUGGUACUACUUCAGAUUUAAAUUGUCCUAUGGCAGAUUCUCAAACAAUAUCAAUUUCUACUUCUGUGGACAGUGGAAAAUUACUGGAAGCGGACAAUGGGAUAAUAUGCUCCACAGUGAGCAGCAGUGAAGAUGUCGAACAGUCUGAAUCUAUUCAGGAAGGAGAUGGCAAAUGUGACUCUUCUGUUGAGGACCUAGUUCUGAUGUCAAACAGUUGCUUAAAAAGCAACAAAGAUACUUUUUACCACAUUUCUUUCCUCACUCAAAUUAAAUUCCUGCAAGGACAUAACAGCGAAGAUCAAAUCAAAGAAGAAUCCAAAUCCAAAGUCACAUAUGACAUGAUUGGAGGCCUGGACAGUCAGCUGAAGAUGAUUAGAGAAAUUAUUGAAUUGCCUCUGAAACAACCACAACUGUUCAUGACCUAUGGGAUUACACCUCCCCGAGGAAUUUUGCUGUUUGGUCCUCCUGGAACUGGGAAAACACUGAUUGCGAGAGCUGUGGCUAAUGAAGUCGGAGCUCAUAUCAUUGUUAUCAAUGGACCUGAAAUUAUAAGCAAGUACUUUGGAGAAAGUGAAGCAAGGCUCAGACAGAUCUUUGCAGAAGCCACUCAAUGUCAACCGUCAAUCAUAUUUAUAGAUGAACUUGAUGCCAUUUGUCCAAAGCGGGAAGGAGCUCAGCAUGAAGUUGAGAAGCGAGUGGUGGCAUCACUGCUAACGCUAAUGGAUGGUAUUGGCUCGGAAGGGAGUCAAGGACAGCUCUUGGUCCUUGCUGCCACAAAUCGACCUCAUGCUUUGGAUCCAGCACUUCGGCGACCUGGGCGGUUCGAUAAAGAGAUAGAGAUUGGUAUUCCUAACGCCGCAGAUCGGCUCGAUAUCUUGAAGAAAUUUCUGAAGAAUAUUCCAAUCUCGUUGAGUGAGGAGGAGCUGCUACACAUUGCGGACGGUGCCCAUGGAUACGUUGGUGCGGAUCUGGUGGCAGUCUGCAAGGAAGCAGGUCUGCAUGCUUUGCGCCGAGCGCUUGGAGAAUGUAGCAGCCCUUCAGACAAUAACUUGGCCGGUUCAGUGAAGAUAACUUUUAACGACUUCCUGCAAGCGAUGAAUGAUGUCAGACCUAGUGCCAUGAGAGAAGUGACUAUUGAUGUGCCAAAAGUGUCCUUGUCAGAUAUAGGAGGGAUGGAAAAUGUGAAACUGAAACUCAAGCAAGCAGUUGAGUGGCCAAUAAAACACCCGGAAUCCUUUGUCAGAAUGGGAAUUCAACCUCCGAAAGGAAUUCUCCUCUACGGACCGCCAGGAUGCUCCAAGACAAUGAUAGCAAAAGCUCUGGCCAAUGAGAGUGGACUGAAUUUCUUAGCAGUGAAGGGACCAGAACUAAUGAGUAAAUAUGUUGGAGAAUCUGAACGGGCUGUACGAGAGAUCUUCAGGAAGGCCAGGGCUGUAGCACCUUCUAUCCUCUUCUUUGAUGAAAUAGAUGCACUGGCUGUUGAGAGAGGGAGCUCUGCAGGUGGUGGGAACGUGGGUGAUAGAGUACUUGCACAAUUGCUCACUGAAAUGGAUGGUAUUGAACAGCUACAUAACGUCACGAUAUUGGCAGCAACCAACCGGCCAGAUAUGAUCGACAAGGCUUUGAUGCGCCCGGGAAGGAUUGACCGCAUUAUAUAUGUACCGUUGCCUGAUUCAGCCACUCGAGCAGAGAUCUUCAAGCUCCAGUUCCGUUCCAUGCCAACCAGUGAUGACAUCAGUUUGGAUCACCUGGUGACUAAGACCCAGAAAUACUCUGGUGCCGAGAUCAUUGCCCUCUGCAGGGAAGCUGCACUCUUGGCUCUUCAAGAAAAUCUGCAGGCCAAGAUAGUUACGGAAAAGCACUUUGAACAGUCAUUUGAAAUUGUCACUCCAAGAAUCCCGCAGAAACUUAUGGACUUUUAUUUAAAUUACCAGCAACAAAGUGGAUUGCAUACGGUGUAAGACGAUCAGGAUCAUUUAUUGAAGAUGUCAAGCUCCUGAUGAAAAUAUAAAUAAAUUUACAAUUU